AGGGGGAAGAGGACGAGGGGGAGGAGGGCGGUCGUCCGGGGUUAGGUUGAGGGGGGGGUGUUGGUCCGUUCAGGGCGGGGGAUGACUCACGGCCCAUCCCAUCGUCCCGACGCCGCCCGCCCGCGCAGAGCUCGCUCCAUGGCUUAGCGGAGGAGGCGGCGGCGAACGGGGGGAGGGGGACUCUUAUUUUGUUAGGGGGACCGGGCCGGGGCCCGACCGGCCUGGCAGGGCUCGCCCGGGGCCGGGCGUCAUGUCUCAUGCGGCCGAGCCAGCUCGGGACGGCGUAGAGGCCAGCGCGGAAGGCCCUCGAGCCGUGUUCGUGCUGUUGGAGGAGCGCAGGCCAGCCGACUCGGCCCAGCUGCUCAGCCUCAACUCUUUGCUUCCGGAAUCUGGGAUUGUUGCUGACAUCGAAUUAGAAAGCGUCCUUGAUCCGGACAGCUUCUACGAGCUGAAAAGCCAGCCCCUACCCCUACGUUCAAGCCUCCCAAUAUCACUGCAAGCCACCCCAGCUCCACUCUCUGCAUCGUCUUCUGCAGGGGGCUCCAGGACCCCUGCCAUGUCGUCCUCUUCUUCAUCGCGGGUCUUGCUGCGGCAGCAGCUCAUGCGGGCCCAGGCCCAGGAGCAGGAGAGGCGUGAGCGACGGGAACAGGCUGCAGCCUCUUCCUUCCCCAGCCCUGCCCCUGCCUCUCCUGCCAUCUCAGUUGUGGGCGUCUCUGCAGGGGGCCACACACUGGGCCGUCCUCCCCCUGCUCAGGUGCCCAGGGAGGUGCUCAAGGUGCAGACCCACCUAGAGAACCCGACGCGCUACCACCUCCAGCAGGCACGCCGGCAGCAGGUGAAACAGUACCUGUCCACCACACUCGGCCCCAAGCUGGCUUCCCAGGCCCUCACGCCACCACCAGGAGCUGCUGGUGCCCAGCCGCUCCCAGCGCCCGAGGCUGCCCAUGCUGCUGGCCCCACAGGCAGCGCCCCCAAUAGUCCCAUGGCGCUCCUCACCAUUGGGUCCAGCUCAGAGAAGGAGAUUGACGAUGUCAUUGAUGAGAUCAUCAGCCUGGAAUCCAGUUACAAUGAUGAGAUGCUCAGCUAUCUGCCCGGAGGCACCGCAGGGCUGCAGCUUCCCAGCACGCUGCCUGUGUCAGGGAAUCUGCUUGAUGUGUACAGUAGUCAGGGCGUGGCCACGCCAGCCAUCACUGUCAGCAACUCCUGCCCAGCUGAGCUGCCCAACAUCAAACGGGAGAUCUCUGAGACUGAGGCCAAGGCCCUUUUGAAGGAACGACAGAAGAAAGACAAUCACAACCUAAUCGAGCGUCGCCGGCGAUUCAACAUUAACGACAGGAUCAAGGAGCUGGGUACCCUCAUCCCAAAGUCCAGUGACCCGGAGAUGCGCUGGAACAAGGGCACCAUCCUGAAAGCCUCUGUGGAUUACAUCCGCAAGUUGCAGAAGGAGCAGCAACGCUCAAAAGACCUGGAGAGCCGGCAGCGUUCGCUGGAACAGACCAACCGCAGUCUGCAGCUCCGAAUUCAGGAGCUAGAAUUGCAGGCACAGAUCCACGGUCUGCCGGUACCUCCCACCCCGGGGCUGCUCUCCCUGGCCACAACUUCAGCCUCUGACAGCCUCAAGCCAGAGCAGCUGGACAUUGAGGAGGAGGGCAGGCCAGGCACAGCAGCAUUUCACGCAGCGGGGGGAUCUGCCCAGAGUGGUCCCCAUCAGCAGCCCCCAGCGCCACCCUCGGAUGCCCUUCUGGACCUGCACUUUCCCAGCGACCACCUGGGGGAUCUGGGGGACCCGUUCCACCUGGGGCUGGAGGACAUUCUGAUGGAGGAGGAGGAGGAAGGGGUGGCGGGGGGACUGUCGGGCGCCCUGUCCCCACUGCGGGCUGCCUCUGACCCCCUGCUCUCGUCGGUCUCCCCCGCUGUCUCCAAGGCCAGCAGUCGCCGCAGCAGCUUCAGCAUGGAGGAGGAGUCCUGAUCAGGCCUCACCCCUCCCCUGGGACAUCCCCACCCAGGAAAGGAGGAUGCCUCAGGAUGAGGCCCCACCUUUUCCCCCCCACCCUCCCGUGAGACUGCCCUGCCCAGGUGUUGGGGGGAAGAGCAGACGUGAUGAGGUCCCACCCCUGCAACCAGGCAAGGAGGAGGAGUCAGAUGAGGCCCCGCCCCCUUCCCACCAGACCAGCCGGUGAGGCGUUUCAGCCAUGGAGAAGGCGGUAACCUCGGGCCGUUCCCCUGGAGAUUGCAGUCUCGCCCCCGCCCCGUGGGACGUGCCCUUGCCCAGGUGAGGGAAGGAGGCAGGAUGAGCUAGGCCCCCCUUUGAUUAGGGACUUUCCUAGCCAGGUCCCCUGGGGUAAGGAGGUAGCAAGAUACUGGCCCACCCCCUCUCUUGGAACCACUAGUCUAGUCCAUCCUGGCAAGGAAGAGGAGUCAAAAUAAUAGAGGUCUCACCCUGGGGGUUUAAGCCCUGCCCUUUCCCCUCAGCCCCGCCCUGUCCAGCCAAGGAACAGACGUGAAGAGAGCCCUUCACCUGGGAGCGCAGUCCUGGCCUUCUGGCCUUGCGGGAGCCAGGCCCCGCCCCUUCCCUAUAGGCACAGCGGAGCGCAGGUAUUUCAGGCAUGGAGGAGUCCGUGAGAUCAGGCCAUGUGGAGAUCACAGACCUUGUCCCUUAGCAACAUCCCAUCAGAGCAUUCCAUGCUGCAGGGGGGCGGGGGGAGUGGUACUUUAGCUCCCCAGCCUUAACCUGGGACCAAUGGGACCUAACCCAGGAGGGCUCUGAGCCGACCUUGCCCUUGGAGAAGAGGGCCGAUCUUGAAAUCUUGUGGGGCGACAUUCCAGACCUCGAUCAGGAGAACUAGACCCUCACUCUUGGGUAGAAUCCCGCCUCCUACUUUGAAGGGCAGUUUAGGGAGGUGAUAGGAAUUAGGGGGUACUGAGUCCAGGUUCCCAGAACCAGCACCCCAGCACUCUUGCAGUCUGUAGAGGAGCAGGAUGAAGGAAGGGGCCUUUCUGGGGAGUUCCCAAGCCUGGGGAAAAGUGGAAGCCUAUCCCACCAAAGCAGAGGCUUGGAGGGAGGGUUGCAAAAGCAUAUGUUUGCCUCUUUUGUUUUAUCUGAUUUUUUUUACUGACCCUCCCCCUCCAUUUCUCAGAAGCUAGGUCACCUCCAAUCUCUGGCCUCCAUCCACCCCGUUCUCCAUUUGGGAGGACUCCUCCCCAUUUCCGAGCUGUGAGACACUCCCUGCCCAUGCCCACCCUUCCUACCACAUACACCCAAGGUUGUCAGCUUCAGAUCCUUGGGGUCAAGCCCCAAGGAGGGUGUACUAAGGGGUCUGUAGGUUUAUGAUUAAAAUAAUAAAUGCUAGGCGUGUUUGAUGCGCUUUUAACUUUG